AUGUCUCAAUCUGACACAUGUGCCCUCAAUGCCAAUGAUUCUCUUAAGGACACCCAGGAUAUUAUUUUUUCCAAUGAUCCAGACGAUACUGUCCCACUCUCCUCUGCUCAGGCAGCCCAGGCAACAUCUUCUACUACUCCUGCAGGCUCAGACACAUUCUCCAUGUUACUGAAGGCUGGGCACAAACCAGCGCCACUUACUGCAGGUGCUCAAUGCUCCAUUCACACAUCUAAGCCCUCUGCUCACCUCUGUGAUGCUGACAAUGCUUGUUCUCACCCAGUGUCCUCAACCCGCAAAUGUGCAUUAUCUUCUAGUGUGACCGAGCAACUAGUCAAGAAAAAGGUAGCAUUGCAGCUCUCAGCCCCAUUAUCUGAUGAUGAUGGCUCCUCUUACAUGGCUGGUGCCAAUAUGGAUAAUGAUACUGAUCCUGGUGCUGAGGAUAAAGACACACCUGAUGUUACGCACUCAAAUAGAUCUGUUAGGCGGAGCUCUAAGAGGGGCGUCAUCCGCUAA